UGCUAUGUGUUGCCGCCCGCCAACCGCGCGUAUUUACCGACGAAUUUAAAAACUCCUGCUUCGUUUUUACGUGUGAUACCCUAAGGGGUGCAUCAAAUACUAACUGGGAUACCUGUUUUUUUAUUGUUCUCCUGAAGUGUAUGAAAAAAUGUGAUGUGCUAAGUCUGCGUGCAAUUCAGUGUAUAAUUUUACGUUUGCAACUAAUGUGAAUUGGAAACAAUUUUGGUGCCUUUGCUUUUCUAAUCUGGAUUUCUGAAGGUGAGGCUGCUUUCAUUAUCUGAUUUUCAUCUCGAUUACGCAGUGAUGAAAAUCCUGUUGGACGUGUGACAAUCCCUCUGAUCUAUGCGUUUUACUAAAGUUACGUGGGACGACAUUGCGGCCGACGGAUAUGUAAGAGGACUGAUGCCGACACUUCACGGGAAUCCAACAACAAACAUUUCACGUCAAUGGCCGACAAACGCGGCAGUUAUCAAGACACAAUAAGAAGUUCGCGGAAUCAGUUCAGCACGGACCCUACAAUACCCACGAUGGCGCCACAGCGCUGCACUCGUCGGAUUGCCGGCUACGCCACACCAAACGUGUUUUUGGUUUUGCUGAUAUGUCUGGAAUUGCUGGUAUGGCGUGGUCGAGCAUCAGCCCUCGCGAACUGCCCCACCGGCUGCAAUUGCAACGACGACACGCUCGUCGUGGUCUGUGAAGAGAGCCGUCUUGACGUCCUCCCUAUCGUGCUCAACCCCUCCAUACAACGCCUCAUCAUUAGAAACAAUAAGAUCAAAACUAUCGACAGCUCCAUGCAGUUCUAUGCCGAGCUCCAACACCUAGACCUGUCGCAAAAUGAUCUCGUUAACAUACCAACAAAGAGUUUUGCAUAUCAACGUAAACUACAGGAACUGCACGUAAACCACAACAAGUUGUCAUCAGUAUCAAACACAACGUUCCAAGGACUGAAUUCAUUAACGGUACUCAAUUUAAAACGUAACUUCCUGGAGGAACUUACUAAUGGAGUAUUUUCUACUCUGCCGCGAUUAGAGGAAUUAAAUUUAGGGCAGAAUAGAAUUCAGAGAAUAGAACCGAGAGCAUUUGCGGGACUGUCAGCUUUAAGGAUUCUCUACUUGGAUGACAAUCAGCUAAGUUCAGUUCCAACGAUAUCCUUCAGUCUCUUGGGGAGUCUGGCAGAAUUGCAUGUAGGUUUAAAUGCGUUCUCUUUGCUGCCGGAUGACGCUUUCGCUGGUCUCAACAGGCUAGCGGUGUUAGAUUUAAAUGGAGCUGGACUCUCCAACAUAAGUGACGAUGCGUUCAGAGGUCUCCCGGGAUUAAGAAGCCUUAACCUAUACGGAAACCGACUAAGCGUAGUUCCCACUCAACAAUUGUCUGGCUUGACUAGGCUAGAAGAGUUAAAUAUAGGCCAAAAUGAUUUCAUUGUUUUGGAGAGCCACUCAUUUAAGGGCUUGAAGAAUCUUAAAAUUUUAGAUAUAUCAGGUGCCUCUCAACUAGAAACAAUUGAAAAGGGCGCUUUCGAAGAUAAUAUAAAUCUUGAGACUGUUGUUUUAACCAAUAACAAAAAGUUAUCUGUAAUUGAAGACUGUUCCCUGUUAGGUUUGCCAAAAUUGCGCCAUGUGAUACUGAGAGACAAUGCUAUCGUAUCAUUAAGCGAAACAGUCUUCAUAGGUAAAGAAUUGAGAAAACUAGAUUUGUCUGAUAAUCCUAUCUUAUGCAACUGCCAUAUACUGUGGCUUCAACAACUUCUGAGUGACAAAAGCAAUUUUACUCAAAUUCAAUGCGCCAGUCCCGAACAUCUUAAGGAUAAGAAUUUAAGAAUGUUGAGUGCGGAUGACUUGGGCUGCGUUUUGCACGAUAUGAGACAACAGACCAUAAUCUGCAUAGUAGUGGUAGCCUGCGUGGCUACGUUAGCGACUAUAAUAUUAAUACUGUACAGAUAUCGGAAAAGCAUGCACGAGAAGCUGAAGGAUUAUAAAUGGAACAAGGGGCGUAAGAAUCUGGAAUAUCACAAGCCAAUCUCGACGGAUGAAGACUGUAUACUAGAGCUUUACGCCUCCCCGAGCGUUUUCUUCAUGUCAGGCGGCCAGGGCUCCGCGCGCCGGCCGCCGCGCUCGGGGGGCGGCGGCACCAUGCCCGCCAACGGCUUCACGUACAUCGGCGGCGAACGCCACCACCAGCCGCACCAGCCUCUCACCCUCAACAACGGCGCGCCCGCCCACCACCUCAACAACGGCUCGCUGCGCUCCCUGCCCGAUAAGAAGAACAACCGCAAUGGAAUCGUGUGCCACCCGGAGAACUUCCAGCGGAACCUCGACACGCGUUACUCGAGGAAGCAGGAGAACGACUACAUGCGGAACUCGGAAACAGUGAUAGGUUUUCCGCGCGACCGGGACAGGGAGCGGGAUCGGGACUACGAGCGGGAUCUGCCGGACUACAGCGAGCCGGAGUACUCCAUUAUCCCGGAGGGCGGCUACGGGGCAGAGUUCCCGCGCUCAUGCAGUCACGCCAACACGUUCAACUGUUGAGUGCUCGCUAAUUACGAACUCUUUCAAACGUUUGUGAUCUUGUAAUUCUAGCAAUAAAUCUUCAUUCCAUUAUUUUUCCUACGGACGGACUUCGUUUGUGAUGGACGUAGUGCUCUAGAACAUUAGUGUUUCGGGUCAGGUGUACGUUCGACCAGUGAGGACUAUCCUAUAUCGUAUUCGGUUUAAGAGAGAACCUUAUUUGUAAAUUAUAAUGUUAAGUAGUUAUGGAUCUAUUUUUCAAUGAGAUGAGGGGAGUGGGUGUUUGAAAGUGUGACUUUCAUUAUUAAUUAAGGUUGACUCGUAUCAUCGUACCGCUUUAUAGAGAUAAAUCCAUAUUCAUGUUCCCAGUGAUCGUAAUCAUUAACCUUAACAUCGAACAUACAGUUAAGUAACAAUUUGUCAUAACUUACAUUAUUAUACACGAUGUUAUUUCGGGAGAAGCCAGUGAGUCGAUGACUUCUAUUAGUGUAUCGGAGUUAGAUGAAUUUGAUCUUUAACUUGAAAGAAUUCAAUUAACUUAUUAUUAGAUACUAUACACAUGGCGUAACCAUACAAUAAUUACACAGUGUUCUUCAAUUCUUAUAUAUAUGGCUUUUUACUGUGUCAAGUGAGCACAAAGUAUUUCGUCAACGUCUUGUAGAUAGGGAAGGCAAUGAAGGAAUGAAUGAAGGAAUUGUGAUCGGUGAGUGUUUUUGUCACACUUCAACUGAUAGCACCUUUCAAAUGUAAGAACUUGACAAAACACUGCGUAACUAUUCUAACCUUAUACCGCGUUUAUUAAUAAAGGAAAAAAAGGUUUUAAGAAGGUCAUUCAAGAAUUAAUUUACGAUCAAACUUUUCUUAUUCUGAAUGUUUGUGUUUUCGCUUCACUGACCUCUCCCAAAACAUAUUAACAACGAAACGAGCAUAUUAUUUAUGAUAUGAUGAUGCGAAACGGCCGAAAAUCGUACAAUGUACAGGCUAGUCGAGUUAAGUUUUAACGUGGGCGGCUGAGAAUCACUCCCGAUAUGUUUCUACCACCCAGUUUCUGGAAUGUUGAUCAAAUAUAGCGGAACGGCUUAAUGAUCGCUGUUCAUUCUCAAAUUAGAUUAGAUUACUAUAUAGAUAGAUAUACUAUGUUUAUAACUAUGUACAUAGUAUAUCUAGAGCUAUUAUAGAAUACCUAUGAUUUUUAGCACUCUUAGAAAACAUCACAUACGUAGGUACCUAACACAAUAAAAAAACUGGCCAAACUAUUGAGCUAAUUAGUUAUUUCAUUAUAUAGAUACUUAUAAUAAUGUCGAUAAUAUUCCCUUCAAUGGGUAGUUGAAAUUAAGACGAAAUUACGUUUCUCGGAAAAUACAAGAAACAACAUUUAAAGCCGUACUUCAGGUAUUUAAAUCCAAUAAUUUCUUCUUAAAAUAAACUCUUAAAUAUCUUUUGAAAUGUCACUUUAGCUAUAAAAAACACUGGUGACUUUCAGAAAUAUACGAACUUGAGAAAAGAGUUC